GCUCAACACAACUGCGUCGCAUGGCAAGCGGGGAUGGCGUCGAGCGGGCAGGAGCGAGCAGCGCGAGCGAAGAGCAAGAAGUGCUGAAAGUUCAUCCCGAGUACAUUGUGCGAGUGUACAUGGUGGUGCUUGUGGUGACGGGCGUGCUGCUUGCGAUGGACGUGGGCGGGCUGGUGGAAGGGGUGGAGGGCUGGUGGAUUGUGGGCGCGCCGUUUAUGCCUGCACUGGCGUGGGUGUGGUGGUCGCACGGGCUGAUUGUGUAGACGGCCGCCAGCGGC